GCCCCUCCACCCCUCGUUCUUCCUUAGCCGCUGCUCCGCCCUCGCCGCUCUCGAGCUCAGGCCGACGCUUCCCUGUCCCGCCUCGCCUCGCGGGCACCGAGGGGAGGAGGGGGCCGUCCCGCGGGCGCCGGCGAGGGUUAGGUCGGGUCGGCUGGGGGCGGCGGUGCGCUAGCGCGGCAGGGCUCGUUGGAAGAGCGGAGGCGUCUCCCGCCGAGCGGUCACAAUGUCUGGCGUGGGAGUGGGCUCCUGCGGGGGGUCGGGCUCAGGGGCCUGUGGCGGCGGCGGGGCGGGGGCGGCGGCCUCCUCCUCGUCGUCGUCUCCCGGUGGAGGCGGCGGCCUGUCGAUGUUCCGCUGGCUGGAGGUCCUGGAGAAGGAGUUCGACAAGGCGUUCGUGGACGUGGACUUGCUGCUAGGCGAGAUCGACCCCGACCAGGCGGACAUCACCUACGAGGGGAGGCAGAAGAUGACCAGCCUCAGCUCCUGCUUCGCGCAGCUCUGCCACAAAGCGCAAACCGUCUACCAGAUCAACCACAAGCUCGAGGUGAAUUUGUGGAGCGGGAGAGAAUAGCUGCCCUCCCGCCCGCUGUGGGCUCUCUUGCGGGGAACGGGACGGAGGAGACGCCCGGGUUUCCCUUCUCUCUUUCCCCCUUCAGAGGCACUUGGAGGAAGCAAAUCAUGGCCACACCCUCAGUUUCCUAUCUCUGAAAUGGGAAUAAAUGGCGAACCCUCCUCCCCCAACUUCCAAGGCAAAGCAGUGUCACCUGCCCCAUACUGUGAGGACACAGGCGCCUCCAUCAACUCGUGCAUAGCGUCUUGGCCUUGCGGUAGAGACUUGGAAACCUUGCCGUCAAGGAGGGAGCAAGGAUGUUCGUCUAUGGCUCUUCCUUGUAGGCAAAAGUUAUUACGGUUUCGGUGACUGGCUAAAAAUUAAGCUCAGUGUAGUAGGAGGUAAUGUUAGGGGGUGUGGCAGAAACAAUGUGCUGACAGCCCAGCUUCUGAUAAGUAUAAGCUUUCAGAAAUCAAAUAUCUAAUAAAAAUGGUGUUUUAUGUAGUUUUCCAGAUUUGGAGUCUCUUUGGAUUUCGAACUUUUAAAUGUGUAUGUUACAUGCUAAUGUGAGAUUCAAACAUGACCCAUGACCUCACUGGCUCAGUGGUAGAGCAUGCUUUGAAUCUGUAUAUACAUGCUCUGUAUCAGAGUGGUCUUCAUUUUUUCCAGACCUGUGACCCACUUUAAUUCCAACCCAGAAUUAGAAAUUACUUAUGCCUGUCUUCUCUCAAACACAUUGUCUCUUUUUCAAAUGCACCAGCUCUCAUAUUUUAUACUUUGCUGUUAGAGUGUAGGAUUCAAUAUUAUAUUUUUUUGGCAUGAAAUGUGGACAGAGCAGGGACAAGGAAAUACUUAAGGCACAAGUCUAUGUGAGCACACUGCAAAAAUCAAGGUGUAGGGCAGGGCUGGGAGCCUGUGGCCCACCAGACACUGUUAAAUUCAAAAUCUCAUAAGCCCAGGCCAAUAUGGUGUAAGCAGUCGUAUUGAGAAAAAUACAUAGUGCAAAUGUAGUCUUUAUCAUAACAUGACAAAAUAAGCAUUUUGUUAUAAACUUGUUUCCAUCUUUUUUCAGGAGCUGUUGUUACAAUUUAUUCAUUGAUUUACAUUGAUAAUUAAGCCUGUAUUAUUACAGUAAUUGCAGUAUGCUAUGGAAGAAAUAUUAUAUUUUGUUAGAUGGAACAAAUAACUAUCUCUCACAACUUUAUAGUAUUGGGCUGCUAAAUCCAAAUUAUAAGUACUAUUAUGGACAAGACAGUGGCUACAAACAACAUGCAAAAAAUUAAGUACAUACGAUAGUAAGUAGUAGCAGGCAUGGGUAUGAGCAUAUUAGAAUAAAAUGUAUCAGUCUGAUUAUUAUCAUUCAGUAACAGUUGUAGAGCAAUGCUGUAUAGGUUACGUCUGAAUAAUACACAAUUCCAGGAUUUUACUAUGGUGCAGAAAAUUUCAUCCAGAAUAGGACCAUGUCCAUAAGAAACAUUGGUAGUCUGUUUUAUUUCUUCAGGUAGAAAAUCUUCAUAUUUCACCAAAAUAAGUCUUCUAGAUCUCUUUAGAGGACAGACAAAAUAAGUUAGGGCUGCAGAGAUUUAGAUGAUCAUUAACUAAGAUUAAGGUGUUGGAGCUGGGCCACAGUACAGUAGACGCCUUCCCAUUUCUCGCUCUAAUUUUCCCACUCACUAAUUCUUAUUCAGUUAUGUUUAAGGACUUAUAAGCAUUUAUAGGAUUCAGAAUUGUUUACAGUGCACAUAUAAUGAAGUUCAUAUCUUAAUAAAUAGGAUGAAGAACAGGGAGCCCAUGGACUGGAUGUGGUCAGCUGCUCCUCCUGAUCAUGCCUGCAGCAUUCCCUCCCCCCUACAGCAAUUAGGAUAGAACAGGCACGUCCAACAGGCAGAUCUCUCCCCCCCCAAAAAAAAAACCCGAGGCUUUCUUCCUCCUUAAAAAAAAAAAGCUCAACAACUUUGACCUGAACCCCCAGGGGGUAGAUCACUGCCAGUCUCUGUGAUUAGAUCACAGUCUCUUGGGAUUGGCCACCCCUGGGAUAGAACAGAGCCUUCUAUAGGCAGUCACGUAUGAGGAGGCUCUUUUUGAGCUGCAUGAGGAGGCUUUAUGGAGCUGCAGUUUCCAAGGCAGAUGCUUGGGGUGUGAAGAGUGAAAGUCUGCAUGUGUGGUACAUGCCCACAUUUGUCUUGGCCCUCAGAAAAUUGGCCAAGAGGGAAUGUGGCCAAAAAAAUGUUCCCCAUCCUUAUCUUAAUAGUUUCAAAUAUUGGGGUUAAUGUUCUUCUUAUCAUCAUCAUCAGUUUAUUAAUCACUUUCUAUACAAUUGUUUCAAGGUGAUGUACAAUGAAAACACAAGGCAGACAUAUAUAAAGCAAAACAAAAACAAUACAAAAUAGACUCUAAUGUUGGUGCCACUUUAACCCCGUUAACCUGAUAAGUUUUCAACUCUGUUUCUAAUAGGACUGUGCUCAAAAUAAAUGUUGAUAGUCUGCCUUAUACCAGGUUAGACUAUUUCUUUGUCUAGCCUAGUAUUGUCUACUCUGACUGGCAGUCUCUCUCCAGAGUUUCAGAUUGAUAGUCUUUAACAUUACCUGCUGCUCCCAAUCCCUUUUAACUGAAGAGACCAGAGAUUCAUCCUGGGAUUCUCUAUGUGAAAAAAAGUGUUUUUGAAACCUCAGGUACGUUUGAAGUUCCAGCACCAUAUAUUGCAAAAGAUCAUCUGUCUAGUAAGCUGCAAUGCCAUUAUUUAGUAACAUUAGGCUUUAAGAUAGAACUUAGAAACUGGUCCACUCUUGAAAUCCUAGUUAUUCUAUAGUAAUGUGAACUUACUCUUGUCUGAACAAGUGAUUGUCAUCAAUUUAUAAUGUGACUUCAGCAUACUAGUUCAUUUUUAAAGCUAGCUUAUAAUGUUCUUCUCCUUUUGUCAUUUUUUUUAUAAGAAGCCCAGUACUCUGACUGUAGAAGUCAACUGUACUCAGGACAUAGUGAGAUCAUCAUGUUAUCUUUUUUUGCUUUUCCCCAAGUAUUCUUGUAUCACAAUUCUAUAUAUUCCAAAUUAACACUGCAGUUUGUGUUAAGUGUUGGUUCUCACUUGUGGAAGGUAAUUUUUUUGCCAAAUGCUUGUAUCUGCUGUAGCUUUCUAUAACAUGUCUCAUAUUAUACCUGAAGGUCCCCCAUACCCUGAGCAGCUUUUAAAGGGCUCCAAGGGUCUGCAGUAAGUAGGGAGAAUAAAAGAAAAUCAGGUAUCCUGAAUUGCAAAAGUGCUUUCUGCUACUGCAGAGCCAUCACUGAAUAUACCCCAAUGAAGCUAAGUUAUUACAAAUGAAUUUAUACCUUUCUUUUGAAGAAGACUCACAAAGCCUUUGUUAAUAAAAGUUAUUUCCUAUGGUAUUGAAAUACUGUUAAUAUUUUAUAGAUUAGUACAUUGUUUUUCAAAUUGUAUGUCUAAUCUUCAUAUUAUUAUUUGCAAAGCCAUGAACAAGUUAGGUCCAGGAUAUCUUAAUGACCACCUGCACUCUUAUUUCCCAGCUUGGUUGCCGAGUACUGUUAGUUGUUUCCCAUGUUUCCGAAGCCUUACUGGUCUCCACUAUGGGUCAGACAUUUAGUGUUGCCAUUCCCAUUCUGUGGAACACUCUCUCAGCAGAGAUUUGGUAGGCAGCCCCACUGUUAACUUCCUGACUUCAUCCUAUUCAGUUGUUUAAUUUUCUUCUAGUCAUUUUUGUGAGGUCGUGUGAGGAAAAAGAUAGGUUUUUCGUGUUCACCAUUCCCCCUCCUAUAAGUAUGCCAUUCCACCAUUCCCCCUCCUAUAAGUAUGCCAUUCCACCAUUCCCCCUCCUAUAAGUAUGCCAUGAGUAGUAUGGGGGAAGCACUCAAAAUCUAAGUUACACGUUUUUCAUAAACAACAGAAAGACAGAAAGUUUUUCAUAAAAAGAAAUUCAGAAAACAGAGAGUGCAUAGAAUAGGCAGCAGUUAGGUCACUCAUCAGCUGUCAUUUUCUGUUAUAGAGCUGUAUGGAAAUGGUUUUUAUAAAACCUUGUGUUUUGAAAGUGCCAGGGAAAUGUGAUAUCCUUACAACAGAGUGCUACCUUGAGGAAAUACUUUUUCCCAUGCUGCUGCAAAUGAAUAUCAACUGUACAUUUGCUCCAUUGCAAUGGUGGUUUUAGAUCUAUGUCUAUAGACUUCUGAAGAACACCAGGGUAGUUCUUCAAUGAAAUAAGUGAUAAAGGGAAACAGCUGGAAGAUAGCAUGCCUCCCAUUACCAACCUUUUCCUGCAGUGCGCAGUUAAAGGUCCCAGUUGAGUGUAUCUCGGUUUGUGUUUGGUCACAGCUGGGCACAUGAGUGGAGAGUGACCCUAACACAAGCCUUGGAAGUCUUUUUAAUGCAGAGCUGUUUUUCCUCAGCUUAUGAUAAUGAGAGUCAACCUGGUAGUCACAGUGAACCAUUUUUAACAUCUGCCCAGAACUAAAUCUUGUGAAUCCAUGGGUCAUUUGUAUGAUAUGUGAAAAAGUGCCUUUGUCCUGAACCUACUGCUAAUCAGCUUUAUCGAAUGACCCUCAGUUGUAUUAUGAACAGAGUGAACAUUUUCUCAGUGUUUGUUUUAUUCAUAAUAUUAUAAGCUUUAGUAAUGUAUUUUCUUUGAAGUUGUAUUCUGAAUUUAAAAAAACCAAACAAAUGCUUUAACUAAUAUGUACAUAGAGUUAAAGUAGGUUUCCCUUAGGCACAUCACUUUAAACUUUCAGGGUAAAAAUAAAAUAAAGUAUUCUUCAGCUGGUACUUACCUUACUGAAAAAUGUGUGUUGGUAGGCUAGAUAAGCUGCUUUCAGUUAUUCUCUUCAGAGGAUCCUGAUGAUAAUAGCUGAUUUCUAAAAAUAAAUUAGUUGAGACUGAUGAAUUUGAUAUUUUGUAAAAGGUAGUCACCUUCCUUCUCUGAAGUGAUCUGCAUUACAGUCUGUUCUUCUAGUGUGGCUUAGGAUGUAGUGAUAUGCUAAGCUGAGUCCCUUUCAUGUUGGUAUGGUUUUUAAAGUUCUGGUUUGAAAUUGUUUUUGCAGAACGGUAUGGUAUUGUAAGCAUAUUGCUGUUUAUUUCUGUAACAUUUUUUAUGGUGCAAAAUUUAUCACAGAGGUCCUCACAACAACCCUGGAGCUCUGCCCACUCCCAAGUGAUCUUCUCUUCAGAAGCUCUUCUACGCCCGCCCCCUGGUCUUCUAAGGCGGUGAUACAAGAUAGAAUCUCUUUUCUGCUGGGAUCCAAACUCUUGGGGAGAUGGUUGUCCAUUAACACUGUUGUUAUGGAGAGACCAUUUCCUCAUUAGAUUGGUUUGAUGGUGGAGAUCCCUCAUUGAGUAUGACUGAGCACAGUGGCAUGUCUAAAUGACUUAUUUUGCUUCAUCCAUUGCAGUAUCAUCCAGCAGAGUGGUUCUAAGUAGUAAAGAGUCUGUUGUAGUCAGACUUAGAAGGAAGUGGAUUGGAUCCCUGGGUAUUUGCUGUGAUAAAUUUGUUAAACACUUGGAAGAAAAAGUUGCUUGUAUCCUAUUGUCCCAACUACAGUGGUGCCCCGCAAGACGAAUGCCUCGCAAGACGGAAAAACCGCUAGACGAAAGGGUUUUCCGUUUUGGAGUUGCUUCGCAGGACGAAUUCCCCUAUGGGCUUGCUUCGCAAGACGAAAAUGUCUUGCGAGUCUUGAGAUUUUUUUUUCGCUUUCCCCCCCCUUUAUCUAAUCUGCUAAGCCUUUAAUAGCCUUUAAUAGCAUUUUAGCAGCUAAUCCCCUAAGCCUUUAAGCCUUUAAUAGCCGCUAAACCGCUAAUAGCGCUAAUAGCACUAAUCCGUCAAUGGGCUUGCUUCGCAAGACGAAAAAACCGCUAGACGAAGACUCUCGCGGAACGGAUUAAUUUCGUCUUGCGAGGCACCACUGUAUAGUGUCAAGUUGCAAUAUCUGUGGAGCUGUCCAGUGUACUGUCUAUUCAGGUAUCUUGGAAUCAGCUUUGGUUGGUGUUUUCUGAGGAAGUGGAUGAGACGAUUGAAUCAGUGAAUCCAACCAACUACAGGUGCUUUCAACCUUUGCCUGUAAUGGCACAUAUCAGCUCUGUGGGAUAGAUGUUUGGGACAUGGUACUAUCAUGGUUCUAUUCCUACUUAUAGGAUAGAUUCCAUAAUGUAGUAUUGACGAACUUCUGCUCUGCUCCAUGACAAGCUGUGGGAGACCACAGGGUUCUAUUCUGCCCCCUGUGCUAUUUAACAACUUUAUGAAGCCAUUGAGAGAGGUCACUGGAACUUUUGGAGCUGGUGUGCUGAUUAUGGUGUGCUGUAUGCUGAUGAUACCCAGCUGUGUUUCUUCAUGACAUCUGAGUCAGGUGAGGUUGUUCAAGUCCUGGAUGUCUAUAGCUAUAUGCCUGCCGUUAUGGACUGGAUGAGGGCCAGUAAACUGGAACUGCAUCCUGACAAGAUGGAGGCUCAGUGGAUUGGUGGGUUCUGAUUCCAGAAAUUAGGUGAUCAACUUGGUCUAGAUGGGACUGCAAUCCUGAAGGAACAAGAAUGUAGGCUGGGAGUACUCUAUAUUCAAUCUUGCCACUCAAAGCUUAAGAGCUUUGGUGGCUUGGAGCAGUUUCGGCAAAUUUUGACUGACUUGCCAGUUGACUGUUGCUAGACAGAAGCAGUCUAGUCUGAGUGUCUGCUUUUGUAACUUUGCAGUCAGAUUACUGCAGUGUGCUCUACAUGGGGCUGCUCUUGAAGAUGACAUAAAAGGGACAGAAGCCAGCAGCAAGAUUGCCAUUGGGAGUCUCUCAUAUACCGGUAAUCCAUCUACGGCUGGUCAUAAAGAAAUUACAUUGACUGCCAAAUGCUUCCUGUCUGCUUUCAAUGUGUUAAUGAUGACACUUAGAGUGCUAAAUGGCUCGGGACCUCAGUACUUGCAAGGUUGCCCCUUUCCAUAUAUUUCUCCCUGAGAAUUAACAUUUGCUAGGUUGGAUGGGGUACUCUCUUUUGUGUCCCUCCUCUGGAAGCUGAACAUUAUGUGGAGAUGCAGGAGAGAUCCUUUUCUGUUGUGGUGCUCUAAUUAUGGACUCCCCGCCCUCCUGACACUGAUAUUGACUAUAAUUUGGCACAAAUUAAAACCUUACUUUUUUCUUUGACUUUUGGGCCAUUUUGAGAGUAGUUCAGUAUUUGACCUGCUUGUGCUGUUCGUUGGUAUCAAGCAUUUUAGACUUUGUGUUGAAUAUAACUAGUGCUUUAUGGUUUUUGAAUUUCAAGGAUUGUUUUAUUGAUUGUUGUACAGGUAUAUUCCAACCUGAGAUCAACUGCUAAUAGAGCAAGUUAGAAAUAUUUUGACAAAUAGUGACACUGAUGUUCUAAACAUAUUAAUAGCUUGAAGGCAAUUAGAGAACAUCAAUGCUGUCUUUUUUUCUUACUCUAUUUCUGAUGCAUUGAUGCUUCCAAAUGUACCUUCCUUCUCUUGUUUGAAUCAAAUCAGUAGCACAUCCAUAGAUAUGGUAAAAAGUUAUGGCUCAAACCCUAUUUGUAUGUAAGUUUAUGUUCUAAUUAAAAGUUUGUUGAAGUCAAGGAAUUGAAGUUGGCUUAAAAAUUGUAUUUUAGAACAACUUUCAGCAAUAAUCAAUAUUAAUGAGAAGUAAAGUUUUCAAUACACCCAAUACACUUUCCCUCACUGGAAUCAGUUACUGGCAAAGUAUAAUCUCCCAAUUUUCAUACGGACCCUAUCACUUCUAAAAGCAUUACUUAUUAUCCCCUGUAGUUCAUGUGGUUGCCUUGGAAACCCUUAAGUUGAAUGGUAGGAUAAAAAAAUCUUUUUAAAUAAUACAGUUUUAACCACCUUAGUGAUUCCUGUAGUGAAAUGUGCACAUAAAUCUUGUUAAAGCUGUCCAAUCUCUCUCCCCCCCCCAAUUUAGUUCAGAGGAGAUCAGUUUUGCUAAACAGUUGUAAGCAACAAGUCAGUUUUUAGCAUUUGACUUCCUGUUGGCAAAUUGUACAUCUAGACUGUAUGUUUGCGCAAGAUGGCAAUUAUAUCAGCAAGACUUGCUCAGUCAUUAUUGUUUGCAAUUGGCGGAGUGUCUUUUCUAAGCUCUUACAGCUAUGAAAGAGUAAUCAACAUAAAAGAAAAUAGUGAUCAUGAAUUAUAACACACUACUAUUUAGACUACCAUAGCCUUUCGUUUCUUGCAGUGAUAAAUUGUAAAUGUGUUAUGCUACAGUUUAACAAUGCCUAGUGUACUUGGGGGUUGGUCUUCCACCCACUCACACCCUUCAGAAAUAACCAUAAAAUCAAUAAACAGUUAAUGUAAAGGCUAUUACAUUCCUGCAGGCUUUCCUAAAGCACAGUAAGGUGUAGGGUAAUCCACUACUAUUUUGUAGACCAGGCUUCCUCAAACUCGGCCCUCCAGAUGUUUUUGGUCUACAACUCCCACGAUUCCUAGCUAGCAGGACCAGUGGUCAGGGAUGAUGGGAAUUGUAGUCUCAAAACAUCUGGAGGGCCGAAUUUGAGGAAGCCUGCUGUAGACUGACAUACCAGUAAGAAUAAACAAGCAGGAAACAAUUGACUGUUAGCUGUGUUAAAAGAUCACAGGAUAUUAACUGAAUCAUAUAUUUGUAUGCUGUGAAUGCCCAGUUGAAUGUUAAGGCUUAGUAGAUAAACAAAAAGGCCUCUGAUAUGAAACAAUUUACAUAGCAGAAAGCAAAAGCGAAUUCCCAGCAAGAGGUCUUUCAUUGCUGAAACACAUUAAUCAGCUAGAGGUUAUGCUAAAUCUUUAACUGUCAUUAACCUUAGAAUUUUACCAUGCUAACUGUUAGAAUAUGAUUUGCCAAACUUGCUUGGAACUUGAGCAUGAACAUUCUUUUUCUCUUUCAGUAUGUAAUAUAUUUCUGAUUGGUUGUGCCAAACAUUCCAUAUAUGUUAUGACUCGGUAGGUCUGUUCCUUAAUAUCAUUGUGUAUAAAUGAGCACCAUUCCUGUAUGACAGGAUUUUAACAUGUUAUUAAAGGUGGAAUCUUCUCACUUUUUCAGUUUAUUCCAUAAUAUUCUGUUCCCAUUAUUGAUCAAUCAGUCUGAUUCAAUCUGUGUUUAGGAUUCAAGCUUGCACAGAUUGAAAAAAACUUCUUCUUAAGCGGUUUUGUGACUAUGUAAAUAAACCUGUGUUAUUUGUUUGGUUUAAAAGCUGGUGAUUUACACUAAUUUGAAGGACAGAAAACAUCCAGAGUCAAAAUAUCUUUUUCUAUAGACUUUUUAAUCAUGUGGAUUAUUGGAUAACUUAUGUUCCAGGCACAGCUAGUGGACAUGAAAUCAGAACUGACAGAAACACGGGCUGAAAAAGCAGUAUUAGAAAAAGAGGUGCAUGAUCAACUAUUACAACUUCAUGCCAUCCAACUUCAACUCCAUGCAAAAACUGGUCAGAGUGUUGAUUCGGGGACAAUAAAAGCAAAGUUGGUGAGUACUAGUAACAGGAAGGACCUAUUUUUUACAGCAGAGUUGUUACUCCAAACUACUUUAUUUACUCGAGUCUAAUGCGCUAUCAAAUCUAAUGUACACCUCAAUUUUCAGAACCUUUAAACCAAAAAAAGUAUUUGCUGGUGAAUGUAAAUGUGCCAUUGAAUCGAAUUUUCCCAAUGUAAUUUGGCCAAAAAAGGUGAGCAUUAGAUUAGAAUAAAUGCGGUAUUUUAUUUGUAUGCAUGUGUGCUUAUAGAAUUCAUCUUCUGUCUUUCUGUAUUAUCUAGGAAGCAGUUUAUCUAGUUUAUCUGAAUGUCACUUGCCAUGGUUAGGCUUGCUACCUAAGAGACUGUUAAAUCUAUUAGCUAGAGAUGUAAAAUGAAGUGGAACCCCCCCCCCCCAUCAGCCCAAUUUGGCCUGCCAAGACUAUCCAGUUGACCUGCCAAGCCAUCUUCCCUACACUGGGCAUCACAUAUGAAAUCACAUGUGGAACACAUAAAGGUGGUGCUUGACCAAAAGGGGCUUUGCAGGGACUGUUAUGCAAGUGUCUGACAAGCUGCUGGUUGUUGGAUCCUUCCGAAGCACUGCACAAAGUGCCCGAGAAGUGCUGAGAACAGGGAUUACAAAGCGCUUCGUGCAUCACUUCCCAAAGGCCCAACAAUCAUUUUGGGAAUUUGGGAAGUGCUGUGCAAAUCUUUUUCCAAGACCUGUUCUCAGCGCUUCCCUAGCACAAGGCAACCAGCUGAUAGCCAGGUGUUGGGGAAGUGCUGAGCUUUGACAGGUAUCGAUCAACUGAUGUCAUUAUGAUGUCAGUUGAUGACUAAUGAGUAGCUCUGACCACCCCAUUGGGGUGGAGGAGAUAGAGAACUGGCCCACUGGGCCAAAAAGAUUCCCCACCCCUGAUGUAGAGGAUUCCACUGUCAUAGAAGUUUUUAGAGGAGGAUUUUUGCAUCUCCUAUUUUUGUGGAUUGAAUUCAGUAUUAUGGAACUGAGGCAUGCAAGCAGCACACAUUUGGAUAAGAGCUUUCUAAGUGCUUGUCCAGUUAUAGUAGCACGUCAUGUAUUUCAUGAACUAUCUAGUCAGUCAAAUUCCAGUGUGCUAGGGGCUGCAUGAGAUUUUAUUCAUGGCUAGAGUCAACAAAUUUUGGGCUACUGUAUGUUAGCCUUUUAUUCACAUACACUUAGAAUUAAGAACUGUGAAAUAAGUUUUGUGAGCCCAAAGCCCCCUCUCCUUUAUAGGAACACAUGUAUACCUAGCAAUUUACAAUUUGAAACCAAGGGGAGUUUCAAAAGCACCAUAAGGACAUUAGAGCCCUGCUGAAUCAGACCAAAAGCCUAUCUGGUCCAACAUCCUUUUCCCACACAGUGGUUGGCUAAAGAAAUCAAAAGUUCAAGUGGGCUAGUACAGGUCUUAUCAAUGAACCUGAGUAGCAAUCUGAAUUCCAGACAUACAUUUGAAGUGAUUGAUUAUUUGAUUUAAAAUCAGAUGGUCAAUCAAAAGUAUAAAUCUUCAUUUUGCCAAGAAACAAAUAUAAGUAACUUUUUGAGGGUAUUGUAGGAAAUGCUUAGUUUAUGUAAAAGGUGUGAUAACGUACAAAAUCUGCUGCUCCUUGUUAGCUGGAAAGGCAUACUUGUUUUUCAGUUCCUGCUAGUUCAAACCAUAUCAGAUGAUGACUGUGCCCUUGAAAAAGAAGGAAGAGGAACUGAAAAAAGAUUAUAUCCAGACCAGUCUUCUUUUAAAAUUUGCUCCACCAGUAUUCACAUCUCUUUUUUAAAAAAAAAAUGCUUGUUGCAGUGCAGGCUUCGAUUAUUUGCUAGUAAAAUCACAGCUUCUAUUUAUUUGGAGACAUUUCCCCAUUUCACAGUGUGAGAGAAAUUCCAUUUUCAAUGAGCAAGUAUUUAUAGUAACUGUCUUCUUUGUAACCAUGGAUCAUACAAUUUGAUUACUGCUUAGAUUGAGAAUCUUGUCGAUGUAUGGCCUUAUAAUUUUGAUAAUUUUUUUUUUGGCCAGUAUUUCUAAUUACUAAACUUUUUUUCUCUCAUCCUAAGUCUGCCCCUUCUGUGGAGGAUAUGGUAAGUUCACUGGCUGUCUUCAUCUGUGUUUAAUUCAAAGCAGUGCAGUAGUUUUCUGCAGAGCUGCGCAUAUUAGCCUGGAGAGUUAGUGCCAGUGAAUGUCUGCUAGAUUCUUUCCUUUCCACAGUUUCUUAGCCAAGUCCCUGUUUAUGUUCAGUAUUCUUUUUAGAUUUGAUGCUCUUUUCCACUCAACGUGCAUGUCUGUAUUGCUGCUGUUGAUUGCUAUGACUAAUGUGGGAAUUUUGGAGCAAAGCUUGGAAUUGAGUCUAAAUGUAGCAGGUUAUUAAAGAUUGACUUUGAUCGCAAUCCAGAGAUCCAAGCGACUAACUCUGUGAUGCACUCAGGCUUUGAACAAAAUCAGCUGUGAUAUGGCAUGGCAGUCAGCUGUUCAAGAACCAAAACGUCACACAAAGUGCAGUGAAACCUAAAAUGUUUGUCUGUUUUUUUGUCCAGAAUCCACAGUAUUUUAAGAAUACCUAUAUGUAAAACAGCAUGGUUUUUUUUUAAAAAAGUCACAUGAUGGUAUAUUUAUGUAGCAUUAUAUUCCUACCUACCCUUCAGUGGUUGCAUUCCAAAAGCCAAUGGCACGAUGGUAUAUUUUUGCCCAGGCUGCCAUAAUAUAUGUGCAGAAAUUAAAAAUGAAAGUAGUUCAUGAACUUAACUUGCAAUUUUUAAAACUUAUAGAUACUUAGAAACCUUUAUAAAUCCUAUUGGAAUAUAGACAAGAAAUUGUGAGAUUCAGUGUGGUUUUUCUAGUGUAUUUCAAUUUUAAUCAGGAAAACUUCAUUUCUCCAUUCCUGUACCUUUCUGUAGUGUAAACAAUGGGUGAUAUCCACUCUGUCCAUUAGGAAUGGGGAGGAUAGAGAGGGAAUACAUUCUCUCUUUACUUUCUCUACUACACUAUUCAUAUUUAUUAAAGUUUUCUCAUUCUUUGUCCCCUUCCCUACCUUUUUUCCUAAAUAAAAAGCCCCAGUUCCUUAAGUCUUAUCUCUGUGUUGUUCCCUGGCAAUUAAAUAUGCCUUGGAACAGAAAUGCUGGGUAUUAUGUUUGUGUGUUUAAAAAACCACUUUAUUUUUAAAGAAGCUUAUUUUAUUUUCAUCAGUUCAUUUAACAUGCUUGCUAUGUGUCUAAAAUAUACAUAAUUUUAGCCAACUAGUUGCCUUUCUUCUUCAUAUUUGCAAUUAUUUUAAUAAGCAGUGCCAUGCUGUAUUAUCCUAAAUUAGCUGCUGUGUCAUAAAAACAGUUUCACAUUAUGAUAGCUCAAUUGUAGUUAGUUCUUCUUGAACAAAUGUAGCUUUCCAGACUUGUCCCUCAAAUUGCCUUGUGAUGCAGUUAGAUAUGUAAAACAUUAAGAUUUGUAAAAUGCUUUGUGGCAUGAACAUUUUUCUACUCACUUGUAAAAACCGUUGUAAAUGUGUACACGCAGAUUGUAUCUAAAUGUUGUGUGUCAUGGUUUUUUCUGUGAAAUUAAAGGUUAGACUAAAGAUGCUUGCAGUUUUCAUAUCCACUUAAUAGGAAUGUUUAGCUUGUGGCUAAAAUAACCAGGGUCUUUACUUCGCCAGGAGAGAGAACUUGAAGCCAACAAGAAAGAAAAGGUGAAAGAAGCUCAACUUGAAGCUGAAGUGAAGCUACUUCGGAAGGAAAAUGAGGCACUUCGUCGACACAUAGCUGUGCUCCAGGCUGAAGUAUAUGGGGCAAGACUCGCAGCCAAAUAUUUAGAUAAAGAGCUAGCUGGAAGGUGUGUAAAAAUUCAGUAGCUUGCGAUGGACAUUUGGGACAGAAUUGUUGUUUAGGAGUUGACAGGCCUGAUCUCAGGGUAUUUGUUUGGACCAUAUGGGGGAUGUGGAAGAGUAGAAUAUAAGAGCUUAUCAGGAUAGUGCUGAACUGCUAUAAAAACUAUCUGUAGUGGGAGAAAUAAGGACCUGGAUUCACAAGGUCAGACUUGGGAUUCUUCCAAACAUGGGCAAUUUAGCAUUCUGCAAUCAUUCUAGUUCUGCUUCAGGCUGGAAGUGGAAUAGCAAUUCUGCUUCCCAGAUUCUAACUUUAUGUAGUAAAGUGGACAAUUCCCCUUUCCUGAGCUUGAAACAUUGGAAGGGGGUUAUUUUCAUUGGGACCUGUGUGUGUGGUUUAAAUACUCCCUCCUCACUGCACUCCUGACCAUGAAUACAGGGGGAAGGGGGAAAGAAACAGAUAUAGAGACAGUGCUAUCUGAACCAAGGUUUUAAGUGAUUGACUUGAUUCCUGGAGAAGAAAAAUGGAUCACAUAGAAGGAAGAACAGUUUAACUGGCCAGAGUGGCAGUUAGGCCAUCUGUACCUGGGAAAAUUGCACAGCUCAGCCAUAGAGUGAUUUUUUAGCUCUGGAAAAAGUCUGUAGCUGAACAGGUAAAAUGUGAGGGGGAUGUUUUACUCAUGACAUUAUGCAAAUACUCCUUAAAAAGUGAGUGAACAAAGCAUGUCUAUUCCACAGUAAAUGCCAAAUGUGGAAGCAGCCUUAAGCUUGGUUGUGGAAGGGUAUGGUAUGGCACCCUCCCCACUUUCUUUCCCUAUUAUUGUAGUGACUGUAAGCCAUUUGAUUACCUCUUUAUUGGACUUGAGAACAUGGCACUGGGAGAGCAAAUCAAAGAGUCGUUUGAACCUCUCACUUCAUACAUAUCAUGUUCUUUUCUCAUUAUGUAGGGUUCAGCAAAUUCAGUUACUAGGCAGAGAUAUGAAAGGACCUGCUCAUGAUAAACUCUGGAACCAGCUGGAAGCUGAAAUCCAUCUGCACCGGCAUAAAACUGUGAUCAGGGCAUGUCGUGGUCGUAAUGAUCUAAAGCGACCCAUGCAAGUACCCCCAGGACAUGUAAGCUUCUUGUUUUCAACAUUUGUCAAUAUAAUGUUUGUACCUUUAAAUGUAUGCCGACAUUGGAUAUAUUAAUAUAUCUGUUGCCAUUCAAAACUGAAAUUCUUAUUAUGGCUCAGAUCAAUGGGGCAGAAAAAAGGAAUUUCAUUUUUUGUAGAUUAAAUUACAGUGGUACCUCGGGUUAAGUACUUAAUUCAUUCCAGAGGUCUGUUCUUAACCUGAAACUGUUCUUAACCUGAAGCACCACUUAUCUAAUGGGGCCUCCUGCUGCUGCCGCUGCGCCGCCGGAGCACGAUUUCUGUUCUCACCCUGAAACAAAGUUCUUAACCUGAAGCACUAUUUCUGAGUUAGCGGAGUCUGUAACCUGAAGCGUAUGUAACCUGAAGCGUACGUAACCUGAGGCACCACUGCACAACACUAUUUUAUCACAGUGUGUGUAAAGACUGCAUUUUUCCUUUUUUUUACUAACUCACCUCAAUAGUCAAGGGGAAGAAAUGUUGAAAUUGUACAUACUGUCGUACCUUGGUUGUCGAACACCCUGGAACUCAAGAUGUUUUGGCUCUUGAAUGCCGCGAACCCGGUUUGCAAACAUUCUUUUGGAACCCGAACGUCCAAUGGGGCUUGCAGCUUCAGAAGCUGCGAUUUGGUUUUCAAAUAUUUUGGAAGUUGAACGAAUUUCUGGAAAGGAUCCCAUUUGACUUCCAAGGUACAACUGUAUAUGAAACUUGAGGAAUAAUUAUGAUAUUCUGUAUUGGGAUUUGGAAUAAGUGAAUCCUAGUUAGUGACAUAGGCUGCAGUCAUUACUUACCUGAGAGUAAUCCUUCUUGAAGUCAGUAGGACUUAUCUCUGAGUAAACACAGUUAAGAUUGUGCUGUAAAUUAAAAAAAGGUAUUCAAUAUUGAAAGGAUUCACAGCAUUUACAUCCACAUCACCCUUAAUUUAUAGAUGUGAGAAUCUUAUUAGGCAUUCUGCUUUUAAAUUCUGGAGCUCAGGAUAGUCCAUUUGAUCUUUGCAAUAACCCUGUAAGUAGGCUGGGCUGAGAUUUAGUGUCUGGAAUAUAAUAAGCAUGUGAGCUUCAUGACUGAGUGGUGAUUUGAACUUUGGUCCUUCCUGUCUCAGCCUAUCUUCUGCACUGCAUACUGAGUCUCCCAAGCUCUUGAACAUACAACUUGUUGCUCAGAGGUGGUGAAACACAUGGGGUUUAUAGUGCUGGCACAAAGGAAUGCAUUGCUUUUUUGUUUACAACCUUUCAGGCCCUAAACUGGGCCCCCAAAACAACCUAAAAAACUUUCAGUUAAAAAACACUUGUGGUGCUGGAAGUUAUAAGGCCUGUUGCUCUGGUACUGUGGAAAGGGGAAGUGAGGGUGGUGGGACUUCUUCCAGCCUCUUAAACCCCAUCAAAAUGGAAGUUUGUAUCCAUCAACUUCUGGAACAUCGCUGUGACUUCCAGAACAAGGGUUUUCUCUAACUGCUUUUUAGUGCCCAAAAUUUGUUUAAUUCUGCUUAUCUUGAAGCCAGUGUAGGAAAAACCUUUGCUUGUGCCACAUCAACUUGGAACUUGGAUAGGGCUGAGGUGCAUGUGUUUUCCUUUCUAAAGUAAUCUUUAGAAAGGUGAUUUUCUUAUAGCAGCAAUGUCUAUAGCAUUCUGAAUUUAGAGAUUAUUUUGUCUGUAGUGAUAGUAGUGUCCUGUGAAUCUCUGGAAAACUUUGAAAAAGCAUUGUCAUAGCUGGUUUUUUUUUUUUAAACUAGGAUCCAGAUUCUUUAAAGAAGAGUCAAGGUGUUGGUCCCAUAAGGAAAGUUCUAUUGGUUAAAGAAGAUCACGAAGGACUGGGCAUUUCAAUUACCGUAAUAUUUGAAUUUAUUUUCUUUUUCUAGGAUUCAGUGUUUACUAACAAGAUACUUAACAUUUUAUUUUAUAUUUCCUGUGUGUCACACUGGCCCAUGUUACCUAUAUCAAAUGCUUGCUUUUGUAACUCUCUUAUAAAUGCAACUGAAAGAACUUAAAUUUUUCAUUAUGCUUUUGUGAAAUCUCUGCUACAAAUGCAUUAUAAACUGUGCUAUACAUCAAAUACGCAGAGCAGCAAAUACUUAUUUGUUGAAGAGCAGCAUGAAUUCAACACUUUUGAAAUCUACAGUGAAGAACAUACACAGGCUAUAAUUCAUUUUGAAAUUGUGGCAAUCUCCUGACUUGUGUUAUGUCAUUGUGAUAGGGUGGAAAGGAGCAUGGUGUUCCCAUCCUCAUCUCUGAAAUUCACCCAGGUCAGCCUGCUGAUCGAUGUGGAGGUCUGCAUGUUGGAGAUGCCAUUUUGGCAGUAAAUGGUGUAAAUUUGAGAGAUGCCAAACAUAAAGAAGCUGUAACUAUUCUUUCGCAGCAGGUAUUUUAUUUUUAUAUAAUGAAUACUGAACUGUUAAUAUGCAUAUAUACAUUUAGUGGGGUUUGGCCAAUAAUUUGGGGCAGGGCCUCCUGACAUUUCUCCAUUUCAGCUCUAUGACUGUGUGUGUCUGAACACAAGCACUAAGAGGAAGGGUUUAUUAAUUACUGGGCAGCAUACAGAUGCUCAGUAGUGGAGCCACAUACUUUGCAUGCAAAGGACAGAAGGUCCUAGGUUCAGUCCUUGGCAUCUCCGGACAAGGUUCGGAAAGAUUCCUUCUCUGAAACCCUGGAGAGCCCCUGCCAUUCAGUGUAGACAAGGCUGAGCUAGAUGGACCAGUAGUUUGACUUGGUGUAAGGCAGCUUCCUAUGUUUCUAAGAUAGGGCCUGGGGCAGAUUUAGGGGAGCAUGACCGGUUCAGUUGCACUGGGCACUGCAGGGGUUGCCACAACUAAGAUUUAGAAUGGAACAUGAGAAGGGGUGUGGGGAGCACCAAAUUUGGGCGUCACACAGGGCACCACUUAAAUUUGAGACCCGAGGUCCACCACUGGUAGGGCAAACAUUCUGUGUGAAGUUUUCUUCUGCAAUUACUGAAAGUGCAAGUUUCACCAGAUGAAUGUUUUGGAGACUCUUAAAAUUGUCUGUAUUGCCAUUUUCAAAAAACAAACAAACCCAGUUUCCAUACAUGUAAGUCACAUCCAGAAUUAAACUAAAGUUGAGCAGUAGUCCAUUCAUUUUGGGCCUUGCUUCAGAGUGUCCAGAAAGUCCUUCCAAACGUUCUUAUUUCAGCAAGGAUUAUCUGGAUGACUAUACUCUGCAGGCAUGUAUUGCAAGACUUGAUCUGGCUUUUCUUUUAUAUUAGGAUUUUUUUUUUACUAUUCUGUUGUAUAGCUAUAGUUCUGAGUUUUCAUAUUUUAAGUGUUCUGAAUGGACUGCCCAUUCUUAGAAGCAACAUAAUCUUCAUUUCUGUAUUCUAGAGAGGGGAAAUUGAGUUUGAAGUUGUGUACGUUGCUCCAGAAGUGGACUCAGAUGAUGAAAAUGUAGAAUAUGAGGAUGAGAGUGGACAUCGUUAUCGUCUGUAUCUUGACGAAUUGGAGGAAGGUGGAAACUCUGCUUCUAAUAGAAAAUCUGGAUGUGGAGAUGUCAAACAAUUGCAAGGUAAAUGUUCUGGGUUGGUUUUUUUUUAAUAACUAAGGUACAACAUUUCAAGUAAAACUUGAUUUUGUAAAUUUAUAUUCAAUUGUUUGGCUAUGCUUCGGAUGAUCUGUCCUUAGAUUGGGAUGACAGAUAUGCAGUUGUGUCACAACAUGCAAGGUUAAACCGUAUAUGUUCUUGGCAAAUAUAACGCUUGGGCAGAAUGGCAGCUCAUCGUUUUCCUUUGCUAUUUUUGUCAGAAUAUUGCCAUAUUUCCCUAUAUUCCCAUAAAGCAGACUCUUGAUUUGAAAUUGUAGGUAUAUUCUUCCUUUCCUCUUUCUUGGUGACUAUUUUUGUGAUGUGAUUUAAAGAUUUCAUAUGGUCAAAGAUUAAUGCAGUACAAUUUUCAAAAUCUGGAUUUGCCAAAUCCCCACCCUUAACUUGGGGGUGCCUCUGCAUUGUGUAGGCACUUCCUUGUUUUGCUGGUUACUGGAAUUUUCUGUUUUGUGUGGUGUUUCUGUACUAGUUGGAAGGUCUUGUUAGAGGGGAAGUGGAGAGCCUUAUUAAUUCCUAACCCUCUGCAAUAGCACAUGUAGAUGGGGAAAAGGUGGUUUGGCCUGCAGUAGUCCCUAUUCUUCUUAACUUGUUUUAUAUACAGUCCAUUUCUAGAAGUCUUGGAAUUUCUGCCUACCUGUGCAGCAUUGGUGCAUGUUUUCUCCUUAUCAGCAAAAAUUGUUGGGUGGGUCAGUUUGUAAAUUUUAGGAUGCUGUACUAUAAAAUGUUACAAACAUUCUUUUCUCUCUUUUGCAGUGUUUGAUAAGAAAGCAAGUAUUGAUGGCCAUGAAAAUGGAGACCUAGGAAAUUCAGUUGAAACAGAAGAGACUAUAUCUAAACUAGACCAAUCUGCUGAAAGCUUAGCCUAAAACCACCCCUAACUCAUCAGUGGGACUGGUCUCUUCCUCAAGACAGGUUGUGUAGACCGUUCUGCAUUCAAAAUUCCACAUAAAAUUAUAAAGGACGAUUAAAGGGAUAAAGAGAAGCUGUGUUGCUGUUGCCUGGAAAAAAGCUGUUCUGUUGGUUACCUCAGGGCUUCAUUAUGAGCGUAUCUAAAUGUGUAAAAUUUCCCAUUUUUCUAAGAAGUUGCAUGUCAGAUGAAUUUCCCUUGAAUUAUAAGCACCAAAGCACGUUGUUUCCAAAGGCUUUUCUUGAAUUUAACUUUGGAUCUUGUUUAUGAUAAAAGGGAUAGACUAAAGCAAAAGAACUUUGACACUUGGAUCCUCUGACUAAUAGCAGAAGCAGAAAAUUGGCAUUCAUUUGAUAGAGGAAUAGAUUUUAAUGACCAUAUAUAAGGGAGACAUGAUUUCUCAGAGGUAUAUUCCUGACCUACCUAGUUGCUUUUAAAAUGUGUAUUGUAAAAAGGUAAACAGCAAAGUCAGUUCAUUUCAGAUUUUCACAAUAUACAAAAAUAAGUUUGGUUUAAAACAUACACAUACAAAACAUUUUAGCUGCUAAAUAUUUAUUGUGACGUUAAAUCUCUGAAAUAGAUCCUAGUGAUCUGUUCCUGAGAUGUUUUUCAGCAUUAUUUAAUGCAGCAUAUAUAUAUAAAUAUAUUCCUUUAAACUCUCUUGCCAAUCAAUGCUGGAUGUGAAGUAUUCUCCAAAGGUAUUAAACAGAAUACUGUUAAUUUUAAAAUGCAAAAUAAGUGUAAAAUUGGCCUCUUGGAAUUAUGUCUGCCCUUAAGUGUAGCAUGCUCAACUUACAGAAUUGUAUCAUUGGGUGGCUACCAUUCUGUGUGAACUGAAUUAGGAUGGAGUUAGAUGACCAUUCUUUCCACUGCAUAGUAUUUUUUACAGUUGCCACACAGUGCCAUCUAUGUGACCCUGGGCUGUCUAAAGGAGCUCUGUGCCCUACAGGCUAAUAGUACUGUUACACUUUUGACAAUGUGGCUCAUCCACAGAAUGGGAGUACAUCAUGCCUUAGAUCCUUUAACAACCUAUUUCCACAUAUAUCCCGUCCACAUGGAUAACUGUAAAGGUUGCUGUGCAUUGGAAUGAAAAUGUGCCUCUAAUGCAGUCCAAAAAGUUUACAAAACAUUCUCUGUAGGCAUGGUUUUAUAUGAGAGUUGCUAAGAGGGGCGAUUCAAAUUUUUGAUUUAAAUCCUUUGCUAUAGGAACUGAUUCACUUGACACUCUUAAGAUGGGAGGAUGGUGUUGGAUACAUAAUAAACCAUUUAAUCUGUGGCUAAAUAGUCAUCAGAUUGCUUCAGGCUGUGUCCAGAGAAUGCUUCAUCAUACCAUUUUUACAUCUGUUUUUUUAAGAUGUAUUGCAGUGUUGUAAGGCAACAUGAAAGCGAUUGCCCAGUUGCCUGUUGUGUGUUUAAAAGUCUGUAGACCACCAGAACUCCAUGUGAUUAGAUCCCUUGUGGAAGGUGUUCUCCAGUUAUGAUCGUGUCAUAGCGAUCAUUGUUUCCAUCCAUAAAUGCAGUGCUUGCCAUGUCAUUGGUACCCACGCUGUACUACAUUGAGAGGUUUGGAUCAACUGGCCCUUAGCAAGUGGGAAUUGAGUGCAUCCUGUAUCUUGCCGGGUGAUACUUAAGACUGUGCAGGAUCACGUACCAAAUUUGUUACAGUAUAAUAGUCCUAGUAUUUUACAGAACUACGGUAUAUUUUUUUAAACCCCAAAUGUGCAAAAUAGUUUUACACCUGAAUGCCAAAGGCAUUUUUAGAAUCCAUUGGGGGUUGUCUUGGCUAGGUUGCUGUUCAGUUAUGUGUAUGUGUGUAUGUUUAUAUAUAUAUGUAUGUAUGUAUCUAUAUCUUAUUAGAGCGCACACUCUCCAUAUGCAAACAGUUAAAAACCAUGUAAUAGCUUUUAUUAUAAUAGGAUAAAGCAUGAAACGCCUGCUUUCCAUUCAUUGUUUUGCGGGCCAUUAAAAUGUAACAUGUAAAGAUGUAUUUUGAGAGUGCAAAUAAUGUAAAAUGACAGCUUUGUAAGUGUUUUUAUAGAAUGUACAUAAAUUGAGAGCGAGCGAAAGGCAUUUAGUGUAAUGUCAGUUAACCUAAUGUUUAAUGUUAAAAAACCAUUGUGUUGUAGAACACGGUUAAACUUGUCUCUCCUAGGUGCACUAUAUAUAUACAUAUGUUUAUAGAGAAAUCUUUAAAAUGUAAAUACUUUAUGCAAAGAUUUUGCUAUUUAUAAAUUCUUUAAUUGUUGCUCAUAAAAUAAUUUUUGUGUGUCAUUUUGCUCAUGGAACUGUAUUUGAUUUGCAGUAAAAUUUUAUAGCUGCUCCUUUAAUACUGUAUAUUAAAGUAAUCUUAACCAUGAUACUGCCUCCAUUACAAGCCUAGUAUUUUAAGCAAGCCAUGAAAUUGGAAAGGCUGCAUUUUCUGCUGUUCAUGGAUGUGCCUUUGCCCUGCCAUAUGAGGCUGUUAAGCAGCAUAUGAUGUUUUCUGGUGUAUAUUACAAAAACAUUCCCUGUGUAUUGCUUUUCAUUAGGGAAUCUAAAGGGGAGCAAAAUGGAGAGUUGACAUAGGAGCACAGUGUUCCUACACAAGCCUGUUUUUGUCAGUAGGACAUGUGCGAAAGAAAUUACCUGGUAUCCCCCUUUUUAAGAAUGAACUCUCUUCAAUGUUUGCUCCAUUUUGCACUAUUUCUGAGCAUGUUGAAUCUUGGUCUAUCGAAAGAGCUUUCCUAUAUCCCUUGUUAACAGUAAUCCAGGGAUUAUCUAUGAGAGAAUGUUACUUUCCACUCUCAAGCGAAGAAGCAUGUUCUCCACUUGAUAUACGUUUGUUCUGUCUGAAGUGACAAAAAUGCAGACGACCUUUCUCUGUUGCAUUUGCACAACUUCGCUAUUUAUUAAAAUCAGGCUAUUGUUGAACACU